CUAAAGUCUUCAACAUUUAUUUCACAUUAGAAGCUUGCGGUACAGUGUUUUAAGCGUUUUCAAGUCUUAAGAAUAAAGUAAAAAAUGGAUUCUGGAAAAAAUGAAUUAAAUAUAUUAGCUGAAAACAAGGAGGAAAACGCUUCAGAUAAUGAUUCUAACAAUUCUGGGGAAUCCCAUUGCGAUUCUGUCUACUCAAGAGCUGUCAAGGUAUUGCUUGAGCAUUCAGUUGAUGUCGACGCAUUUGCAAAGAUUCUUCAAAUGAAAGAAGAAAAUGUAGCCGAACUUCAGGGAAAGUUAUCUGAUUGCAAAGAGCUGAUAAAUAUGCUCAACCAGAAAAUCAUAGAGAAGGAUAAUAUUAUCGCCGCGUUGUCGAAUAACUGGGCUUUAAUUGAAAAUGCAGUCGCCCAAUCAAUGGAUUUGCUCACAAAUGAAUAUCAAAAAGGUCAUCAAUCAGAAAACAUUGAAUAUAAUAAAUCAAUUGACAAGAAUGACUACGAAGGUGAAAAUAUUUCUCAACAGUUAAAUCAGAUAACUAAUAAUGACAUCAAUAAGCCGAUUAAAAGCAGUGAAUCAACCAUCAAAAAACUAGAUGAAACUCUUGCAGAAUUAAAUAUCAAAGUUUUUGAAAAAGAGAAGAACCUGACGGAUGUAACUAAAAAAAUUAACGAAUAUGAAAAUGAUUUACACAUUUACACUCCAUACGGAACUUGUGAAAGACACAAGACACACACUCCACCCUUUCGAGUUGCGCUGUAUAAAUUUAAUGCACUUGGUUAUCUUCUGAUUCAGAAUCGUCAUAACGAAAAAUUUAGUUUUGAAAGAACCUUGAUUGAAUACCAUGAAGGAUUUGGAGACUGUUCCGGUGAUUUUUGGAUGGGAUUGGAAUACAUUCACAUAAUAACAAACAAUCAGCCGCAUGUUCUCAGAAUUGAAAUGUAUGACUAUGCCGGAAAAAUGUAUUUUGCUGAAUAUGACAACUUUGUUGUUGGCGGGAAAGAUGAAAACUACAAGCUAAAGUCAUUGGGUGAUUACAAAGGAACUGCCGGCGAUAUGAUGCGUCUUAGUGAAAAUCAAGAAUUCUGUCUGUGCCCAAAAUUAAAAAGGGGCUGGUGGGACCUUAAGGGUGAUCAUCAACUUUGCAAUUUAAAUGGGAACAUAUCUCGCCAAGAAAUAACCAAUAAGUUUGAAUUCAUUUAUUGGGGUCUGAUGAAUUGGGGAAAUUCGUGCAACAAUAUCAGACAAGUCAUUAUGCUACUAACUCCUAAAGCCGCGUACUUAAAAAAACAGUCCGAAAUGAUAAAAAAUUAAGAAUGCGAUUGUAACCCAUGAAAAUUAUUUUGAG